CAGUGCCCCGGGCGCACUGUGCAUUCUUUAGACCUACACUAGGCCACCUUUGCCUGUGUUCCAACAUGGCGUCUCUUAAGGCGCUCCCGUCUGUUUUCUUUCUUGCGCUCUUAGUGGCCGUUUCUUCCUUCAACUUGGACAUCAGAGACCCCGUGAUAAAGACGAUGCCAUCAAACACUGAGUUCGGGUAUUCGGUGGCGCAACACCACAUCAGGGACGGCGAUGAGCAUGUAUUGCUCGUUGGUGCACCGAAGGCCAACAGUAGGUACCUGCCGGGGGUGGUCGAACCAGGCACCGUGUACAGGUGCCCCGUCACUUCGGAAAAGGACGACUGCGAGGAGUUGAACUUUGACAACGCGCAGCCCAAUCGCAACUUGGAGAAUAAAGAAAAGCAGUUCAUGGGUGGAGCCAUUGCAGCUGACGUUCUGAGUGGAGAGCCGGGCAAAGUGGCGAUCUGUGGCCACCAGUACAAGAAAGUUGAAGGAUCUGGAGAGUUAAGGAAAGAGGCCCCGGUCGGACGCUGUUUCUUCUUGGAGAAUGACUUUCGAGGGGAGAUUGAUGACCGGACACCUUUCGGAGACACUGGCAGUUUUGAUCACGAGCAGUAUGGGUAUGCACAGGCAGGAACAUCAGUGGUCUUUAGUCCUCACUUCGUUCCCGGUCCGGACGACUUUACAUAUUCAGGAGGUGACUAUGAGGUGGAUAUCGUGCUGGGAAACCUAGGAGUUUACAGCUGGACUGGUACUGUAUACUCGACUUCUGGAUCCGAAAACCCCCUGGAUCAGUCGAAGUUUGCCAAAAAGGGUGGUUUGGGGAAGAACAAUCUGGAACCUCUCGGUAUAGAUAAAGGAGCUAUGUUGGGUACAUCAGUAACAUGUGGAAAAUUCCGAGACUUCACAAGCGACUUUAUCGACUACGGGUUUGACUACAUUGGAGGCGCGCCGGGCCACAACCAAAGUCUUGGAGGAGUCGCGUUUUUCCACAAGUCCAUUCCGGAUGAUACGCAGAACUCCGACAACAUGCUGUUUCCUUCCUUCAUCCUCCAGGGGGAGCAAUACAAGUCUGGUUUUGGCUAUGCAGUCUUAGCUAUAGAUCUGAACAAUGACGGGUAUGAUGACCUUGCUGUUGGUGCACCACAGUAUAUUGGUGCAGAUGGAAAGGGAGGUGCAGUGUACAUCUACAUCAACCCUGCAGAUCCAGCCCUCAGUCCAAAUAAUGACGGGCGCUUGGACAACGUUCAACCAAUCAAACUCCACGGAGAGGUGAAGGGCGAUUCUUUCUUUGGAGCCUCUCUAGCGAGGAUGGGUGACAUGAACGGAGAUGGCUAUCAAGACCUGGCUGUUGGAGCACCUUAUCAAGAUGGUGGCAAAGGGGCCAUCUACAUCUUCCUUGGCAGCAGCAGUGGCAUCAUUCAGAGUGCCGCACAGGUCAUCAGGAGUUCGAAGCUGAGCUCCCCGGUCCGUAACCUCGGCGUUGCACUGUCCGGAGGACUGGACAUGGAUGGGAACGGCUAUCCGGACCUGCUGGUGGGGGAUGGGGAAGGGACAGCCAUGUUGUUCAGGGCUCGACCUGUUGUUGACCUGAAACCUUUAAGCCCCAACAAUGAGCCUCUGGUCAUGGUACCCAGGCCAGGUGAGAUGAACUCUGACAAGAUCAAACCAGAUCAGGUGGUCUGUCAGCUGGACCAAAACAGCCCUGCUGAUGUCUAUGCCUGUGUCGAGGUCAAGGUGUCAUUCCAGUACGAUGAUGUCCAAGAUCGCCCGUUUGGCCCUAACGAAAUUGAUAUCAAGUAUGAACUUGAAGCUGAUGUCGAUGUCAGAAAUCCCCGAGUGUUCUUCUACAACACCAGGAACAGGAAGACUCCCAAGAUAUCCCACACCAUGAAAAGGGUAGCACCCGGCAAUGCAGGAAAGGAGAAAACAUAUCGACUCUACCUGAAGAAAGAUGAGAGGAACUUGGUAACACCUGUCAAGGUGAACUUAAAGUACUGGAUAGAACAAGACCCACCAGCCCUGUCAACAAGCGGCAGAAACCUCCCCCAGCUGAAUGACUACCCGAGCCUUAGUCCCACCUCGGCUCUGAAAGAUGGCAUGCGGGCAGAGAAACUAACAUCAUCAGUGAAUAUUGAGUUCUUCAAACGAGGUUGUGGCGAAGAUCAGGUUUGCGACUGCAAUCUGAGGAUGGAUGCUGCUUUUGUAAACCUUCCAGAACAGAAUCCAAUGCUGCGAGUAUCAGAAGACCAAAGGACAGUCAACGUGAAAAUCACAGCCUCAAAUGAUGGUGAGCCAGCCUACAGCACACGACUACUGGUGGCGCAUUCGCUAGGGCUCGACUUCAACAGGGUGCUGGCUUCAGAUUCAGGGGAUGUGUCUUGUCAGCCAAAUGCUGUCAACCAGUCAGUGCUGGAAUGCAGCCUGGGAAACCCACUACGGAGACAGGAAGAAGUAGAAUUGCAGUUCAGCAUCAACAGUCGCUUCCUGACGGAAUCUAUGAUGAUGGAAUUUGAACUAAACACGACCAGCUCAAAUCAGGCAGAUAUGCCAAACGAGGUGCUAGCAUUUGCUGUUUUGGCAGAGUCAAAGCUGACACUUGCAGGGUCCUCCAACCCAAGAGAGCUUUUCUACCAGGAACCCAAGAAGCUGGUUGGUGAGAGUGCCAUGGAAUUUGAGGAGAACAUUGGGCCAGCAGUGUACCACAUCUAUACGCUGAAGAAUACCGGGGAAGGAAUAACUCCACGUGCAGAAGUUAUGAUUGACUGGCCUUACGAAACUCCGAACGACCCGACCUUCCAUACCAACGGCAAAUGGCUGCUGUACAUCAUGGAUAUCACGUUGACUGGACAUUCUGAUGGUGAUGUGUGUGAGCGUCCACCCGUCCUCAGCAAUCCUCUUAAGAUCAAGGAGGGUGCAGGUGUUGGAGACGUCCUUGACAGAGACCGUGACAAUGUGAACAUCACAGACUUUGGGAACGGGAUACGAACAAGGGAGAGGAGGGACGCUGAUGAGCCUAGUGCUGGAGAAUCCAGGUCGCUGAAGACAGGGGAGAAACUGUCAAAUCUGCACUGCUCCGGUAUGCCUGAGGACAUGGCCCGAUGUGAGAGGAUCCGCUGCACCUUCACCAACAUUCAGAAGGACAUCAAAAUCACCAUCAAGGCCAGGCUGUGGAAUAACACCUUAAUCAUGGUAGGACUUAGCCAGAAUACAACCGUCCAGGAAUGGUGA